AUGGCGCGUCAGGCAAGUGUCUCUCUUCCAGUCCUGGUCGAUCUUACCUCACCCGACCCGUCCGCCGACCCGUCCGCCGACCCGUCCGCCGACCCGUCCGCCGACCCGUCCGCCGACCCGUCCGCCGACCCGUCCGCCGACCCGUCCGCCGACCCGUCCGCCGACCCGUCCGCCGACCCGUCCGCCGACCCGUCCCCCGACCCGUCCACCGUCCCGUCCGCCGACCCGUCCGCCGACCCGUCCGCCGACCCGUCCCCCGACCCGUCCACCGUCCCGUCCCCCGACCCGUCCCCCGACCCGUCCCCGACCCGUCCACCGUCCCGUCCCCCGACCCGUCCACCGUCCCGUCCCCCGACCCGUCCCCCGACCCGUCCGCCGACCCGUCCGCCGACCCGUCCCCCGACCCGUCCCCCGACCCGUCCCCCGACCCGUCCCCCGACCCGUCCCCCGACCCGUCCACCGACCCGUCCACCGACCCGUCCCCCGACCCGUCCCCCGACCCGUCCACCGACCCGUCCCCCGACACUAACGAAAUGUUCACCAUUGACACGUCUUUCAUCUCCCAAAUUAAUCAUCAGUACAUUCCUCUGA